UAACUGCUGAAGCAGAAAAAUAGCUCCCUGUCAAUAUCAGUUCUCGGCAGAUUUAUUGAUUCAUAAAUAAUUACAUUACAGUACUAUAUAAACGAGUAAUCAUGUGCCGUAGAGUCGGUGUGUAUUUUACUGAAAACCAUGCUGACAAGUGGUGAACCAAAAUUGAUUCUGUUCUUUACCUUUUAAAAAGUUAAUGGUGAAAUGUGGAUCAGUUCCCUUUUCAAACUGUUGCUAAAUAAGUACUCCUAUUCAAAUCCAGAGUACAGCAUCUGAAACGAACAGAGAGUAAUGCCAAAGAACCCCUUUGCAUCCCACAACCUUUUUGGCUAAAGAUUCAGUAGAAAGUACACUUGCUUUUUUGGUCAAAAAAGAGCUAACUCGCAUCAGCUCUGAUUCUUCUUCUAGCUGCCAAUUAAUGUUCUGACAAUCGGAGUUUGGACUUAUACUAAGGUACAAAAAAUGGCUAUGGAACCAACUGUUAAAGUGGUUCUUGGUUCAAUUGCCUUUGCUAUCUUUUGGGUAUUGGCAGUUUUCCCUGCUGUCCCUUUCAUGCCUAUUGGAAGAACUGCAGGAUCUCUCCUUGGGGCUAUGCUCAUGGUCCUUUGUCGAGUCUUGACUCCAGAUCAAGCGUAUGCUGCUAUCGAUCUUCCAAUUUUAGGCCUUCUCUUUGGGACUAUGGUUGUUAGUGUUUAUCUAGAAAGAGCAGACAUGUUUAAAUACUUGGGUAAAUUGCUGGCUUGGAAGAGCCAGGGAGCUAAGGAUUUACUUUGUCGAAUUUGCUUGAUUUCAGCCGUUUCAAGCGCCUUUUUUACCAACGAUACUUCUUGUGUUGUGUUAACCGAGUUUGUGUUGAAAAUAGCUAGGCAACAAAAUCUUCCACCCCAUCCCUUCCUAUUAGCUCUAGCCUCAAGUGCAAAUAUUGGAUCAUCUGCAACUCCAAUUGGGAAUCCCCAGAACUUAGUCAUAGCAGUACAAAGCAAUAUAUCUUUCGGGAAGUUUUUAUUUGGAAUUCUUCCUGCACUGCUUGUCGGCGUAGUUGUUAAUGCCGUGCUGCUUCUUUGUAUGUAUUGGAAGGUGUUGUCUGUCCAUAAGGAUGUGGAAGACGUAGUUCCUGAGGAAGAAGUAGUCUCCCAUCGGUUUUCUCCAGCAACAAUGUCACAUCUUAAUUCCUCGAAUUCUCAAGAAUUGAACAAUGCCUUGGAUUCUAUGACUAUCAGCAGCUCUCCUAGGAAUCAUGCUGAGACACUUAGAAAUCGUGGCAAUUUUGGAGAAAGUGAAAUACAAAAUGCCUCGAAAGAAGGACCAAAUGAUGGAUCAGUACAGAAAACAGAAGAGAAUGUGUCUUCAAAAAUUGAUGAAUAUGAAGAUGAAAAUUUCACAUCUUAUGACGAAAAGGAGAAAUGGAAAAAUAUGUUGUGGAAAGUAUGUGUUUAUCUGGUUACCAUUGGGAUGCUAAUAGCUUUGCUAAUGGGUCUGAAUAUGUCUUGGACUGCUAUCACUGCAGCACUUGUACUCGUCGUUCUUGAUUUCAAAGAUGCUAGGCCAUGCUUAGAAAAGGUUUCCUAUUCACUCUUGAUAUUCUUCUGUGGUAUGUUCAUCACGGUUGAUGGCUUUAACAAAACUGGGAUUCCAAGUGCUCUUUGGGAUCUUAUGGAGCCAUAUUCCAAGAUAGAUCAUGCUGCGGGAAUAGCAGUUCUUGCUCUGGUCAUUCUAGUCCUGUCAAAUGUGGCUUCAAAUGUGCCUACUGUCUUGCUGCUUGGAGCACGCGUAGCUGCAUCAGCAGCUGCAAUAUCUCCGGCUAGCGAGCAGAAAGCAUGGCUCAUCUUAGCCUGGGUCAGCACUGUCGCAGGGAAUCUUUCACUCUUAGGCUCAGCAGCAAACUUAAUAGUAUGUGAGCAGGCUCGUCGCGCUCAACACUUCGGCUACAAUCUGUCAUUUUGGAGUCAUCUGAAAUUUGGAGUUCCAUCUACGCUUAUUAUUACAGCCAUUGGUUUGAUUCUUAUUGGAGGAUGACACAUAUUUAGCCACUGUACUUGUGUUCAUAUAUAAGCUUCAAAAUGGAUUGUCAAAUGCAUCUCUCAUUCUUGUUUAAAUGUUGAUUCAUGGAAAGGUAUUUAUGAACUGUACAGUUUCUUUAAAUUUUCAGCAUUACCACUUUCAAACUGAGAUACAAGAAACAAAAAUUUAUAAACAAGAGAGUAUUCCAUCUA